AUGUUCAGAUUGCAAAAAGAAAUAUUUAUGUUGAUAAAAAGCAAAAAAGAGACUGAACAAUCGAUUGCUUAUGGAAAGCAAAUUAAUAAGUUAUUUUUAGAUACAGAGCAACUUUUGCGUACAUUAGAAGAUGAAGUAAAGGAAGGAGAUGAAUUAGAGAACUCCAAAACUGAAUUAAUUAACAAAUUCCAAAAUUUGACUGAUUCUCACAAGCACAAGGAAAAAAUUAAUGUUGCCCUUAGCAAAAAAGAAUUAGAAUUAAUUGAGCAGAAAAUGGAAAUAGAGAAAAUCCAGCAGAAAAAAAAAGAAUUAAAAAAAAUUUUUCAAACUGAUGACAAUAUUUUAAGAGUUGUAGAAGAGUGGGAAGGCAAAAAAUAUCCAGAUCUUAAUUCUUGGCCAAAAGAAGAAUUAGAAUAUUUAUUAGGAGUCUUUCCUAAUAAAAUACAAAAGAGAAAUAAAAAAGAAAAUACUGAUUUAAAAGGUGCAUCAGAUUUUUUAGAUAAAAUCAAACAAGAAGCUAGAAAAUCUUUAAAAGGAAAAAGCAAAGAAAUUCUCCUUCCUAAAUAUGUUUUUAUUCAGUCAAGUAAUAAAAAAUAUCUUGGUCGAGAAAAUGAGAAAAAUUUAACUUUUUCCAAGACAGUUUGUGAAGAAAGUUGCAUGUUUAGAGUCAAAGGGCUAGGGAAAAAUGAAAUAGGAUUACAAGCAGACAAUGGCCGAUGGUUUUCUGUUGAUGAUGAUAAUAAAGUAGAACUUGCAGACAUAGAAAAAAAAAAGAUAGAAGAGUGUCCGCAUUGCCAGUUUAUAGUUAUACAAAAUGCUGGAAAUGUUAUCUUUUUAAAGGCUGACAAUAAUUAUUUUCUUGGAGCCAGUACAAGAAGUAUUAGUGACAUAAGGUAUAAAGUAGAUAAGGUUACAAAAGAAGAAAAAAGGGGAUCCAAAGGAGAAGAAGAAGAUAUAGGAGCUGAAACAAUCAUAGAAGUCCCAUCUAAAAAAGAAGUCAUUAAAGAAGGAGUUUACAAGAAUUUAGAAUCAUAUGAUAUUCAUACCGAAAUAAGGGAACUCAGAGAAAUAGAAACUGAUAAAGAACAAAAAAAGCAAGUAGUGACAGACAGUUUUAUGAAAGCAUACUCCCCCGAAUUAGAUGAAAAGAUAAAGUUAGUAAACAAUCAAACUGGCUUUCCACCAUUUAAAGAAGUUCCACAAGUAGAUAAGUUUAAUCAAGAAGUUGAGGGAAUCAAAGACUUUCAGAAUUAUAUGCUAACAGUUAUGAAACCUAUAAUGGAACAAAUGAAGUUUAAGCCUACUUUUGCUACCCAAGCCAAUUAUCAGGAAGUAGCCCGCAGACUAAAAGAAGAGAUAAAUCCUAAUUUAGUCUCUAUUUGUUCCCAGUUUGCUUCUUUAAGUAAUGUUAAUAACCUCAACACUUUAACUAAUGAAUAUUUAAGCAAGAUUUUUCAAGGUUAUACUUAUGCCGAACUUAUUCAUGAUGAGUUAGGACAACAGUUAAACCUUGCUAAUCACCAGAAGUUUAAGUUUGAAGGAACUGGUAAUCAUUCGGAAAAUGAAAGGUGGAAUAUUGCUUUAAAUGAAUUUGCUUUUAAGG